GUUAUUUUACCAAUAAACAAUCAUUUGUUUUGUUGUAAUUACGUGUUUGGUCGUAAUUUUAGUGCUCUCAGUGUGAAAUUUGUCAGGUAACAACGCCCGAAUCGCACUGUGCAUGUGCAGUUAAGAGAGGUCAGCGAAAGGGUGCAAUUAUUGAUCUCGCGUCUGAAUAUGUUCGCCGGUUCAUCAUCAUCAUUAUUAUUAUUUCUGUUCGCGUUCGAGGAGCGGCCGCGUUUUGGUAGCCCUGCGCAACAGGUUUAAAACAAGCGAAAACAUAACCUGCGCGUCUGUUGCUAUUGGUUUUUAAGUCGUUCGACGAAGAGAUGUGCGAGGAUUUGAACACGAAGCAGAAGUUCCCGCCCAGGCACCUGCAGGUCCUCCACAGAUAUGACACCGAGUACAACGCUGACUCGGUGGAGUGGUGCCCGAUCGAGCCCUACCGCAACUACUUCGUGUGCGCCAACUACCAGCUGGAGGAGCUGGUCACCGAGUGCGCACCACCUGAAUCGCCGAGGAACACUCGAUUCGGACGCAUCAUGCUCUUCUGCUUGGAAGGUAAAGAGUUGGCGCUGAAGCAGUGCAUACGGACGGCGGCUAUAUUGGAUUUGAAAUGGUGUCACGUCGCUUUGAACGGGGUUCCGGUUUUGGGGGCCGUCGACGCUAUGGGCUCUCUGAUCAUCUACAAGCUCACCGAUGAAAAGUUGGAGCUUAUUGAUACGCAGACUUCAAAGACUGAGGGGAAGGAAACGCUGAUGCUCUCUCUGGAUUGGUCUACGGGGGUGAAACAGGACAACCCUAAGAUCAUAACAUCAGAUUCCAAUGGUUACGCACACAGCUACACAUACAAUAAUGUUCUGGAGAAAAUCCAGACGUACAAGGCGCACAAGUACGAGGCUUGGAUUGCUGCUUUCUACUACUGGGACACAAACAUAUUUUACACAGGUGGAGAUGAUUCGUAUUUGCUGAUGUUCGACGCGAGGAGCGGUUUGGAGCCGGUGAUCAAGAAUCGAAGUCAUUUAGCAGGCGUGACUUGUAUACAUUCCAAUCCGUUCCUAGAGUUCAUCGUGGCUAGCGGAAGUUACGACGAGAGCGUAAAAAUAUGGGACAUGAGGCAUUUCAAGAGUCCGCUGAGGGAGACGAAGAUGCCGGGCACGAUGUGGCGAUUGAAAUGGGAUCCGUACGUUGGAAACCAUCUGCUCGCUGCGUGCAUGUUGGGUGGAGUCCACGUGCUGGAGUGCAAGGAUCGUCCGAACGUCGUGGAAAGCUUCUACGACCACGAGAAAAUUGCUUACGGCGUGGACUGGCGUCACGCCACCGUCGACGAGGACAUCGUCAUAGCCUCCUGCUCUUUCUACGACCACUUGCUGUGCGUCUCUCAGCUCAAGCUCGACUUUUGAAGCGAAAGGAUGCGAAGCCUUCACCUCGAUGUAAUUAGGUUUAAGAUAUGUGUAUAUUUGUGUGUGUGUAUAUGUAAUCUAAAUGUAGAUGAAUGUGCGACUGUUCGUGAUCUCUGUUAUGUAAAUGC